AUGGGGAAUUCAUUUGGGUGCUCGGCGUCCGGCGAAAGGUUGGUAUCGGCCGCGAGGGACGGCGAUUUGGUUGAGGCGAAGAUGCUUCUGGAAUGCAACCCUUGUCUUGCAAAGUACUCAACUUUUGGGGGUCUCAAUUCCCCUCUUCACUUUGCAGCUUCUAAAGGCCAUAAUGAGAUUGUGGCAUUGCUGCUUGAAAAUGGAGCUGAUAUGAAUUCAAGAAAUUAUUGUGGGCAGACGGCCUUGAUGCAAGCUUGUAGAUAUGGUCAUUGGGAAGUUGUACAAACUCUUAUGCUCUACAGAUGUAAUGUUUUGAAAGCAGAUUAUCUCAGUGGGAGGACAGCUCUACACUUUGCAGCCAUCAAUGGGCAUGCGAGAUGCAUCAGACUUGUUGUGGCAGAUUUUGUUCCAAGUGCUCCUUUUGAAACUUUACAGAUUCAUGCAGAUGCGGAAAGUGAUAGGUCAAAUGUGAAAAACAAAAAUGAACAAAGUCUGCUGUCCAAGUUUGUAAACAAAACAGCUGAUGCUGGUAUUACUGCCCUUCAUAUGGCUGCAUUAAAUGGGUACUUUGAUUGCGUACAACUGCUACUUGAUCUUGAUGCAAAUGUGUCAGCUGCAACAUUUCAUUAUGGAACAUCAAUGGAUUUAAUUGGGGCUGGAAGCACUCCAUUGCAUUAUGCUGCUUGUGGAGGCAACUUAAAAUGCUAUCCUCCUUGCAAGAGUGUACAUUUUUGCCCCUCCAGAUGGCUUCCACUUGAUGUUGCUAGGAUGUGGGGACGUCAUUGGCUUGAACCAUUGCUGGCACCCACUUCUGAAGCCACAAUAUCGACAUUCCCUUCUUCAAAUUAUUUGUCCUUGCCUCUCAUGAGUGUACUCAACAUUGCCAGAGACUGUGGAUUGCAAUCAACUACAACCUCUUCUAAUGAAGUUGAUGUUUGUGCUGUCUGCUUGGAGAGGUCAUGUUCAGUGGCUGCUGAAGGAUGUGGACAUGAGCUUUGUGUAAAAUGUGCCCUCUAUCUUUGCUCAACAAGCAAUGUUACUUCUGAAACGGGUGGACCUCCUGGUUCUAUCCCUUGCCCCCUUUGCAGACACGGAAUCGUCUCUUUUGUCAAGUUACCAGGUUCCCAUGCAAAAGAAAACAAAAUGCAUGUGUCUCUCGGCCUGUGUACCCCAUGCAUACUACAUACACGUGACCUAGCUCGCUCGUCUCUUUCUCAUACCCCUGAGAUUCGAAGGAACCGUGUAGCUUCAGUUCCUUCAGAGAUGCUUUGUCCUGUCACUUGUACUCCAUUUCCAUCUGUAGCAAUUCCUCUUUGUACUUGCAAUGAUGGUCCCUGUCCAUCAUUUGAACCCCGGGAAGCAGAAACACGAGAUGAAUCGCCUCGCCACUCUCAAGCAUCGACGAUGAUGGAUCAGGAUAAAAUGGAAGGUCCAAGGCUGGACAAAACAACAUGCUCAGGUAUGUUUUGGGGUAGAAGAAGUUGCAGCAGGGAGCAUCAAUGCAAUUCAGAAAUAAAUGCUUGA